AAACAAACAGGUCGACAGAAGAAAGAUAUCGGUUGCCGGUCGGUCCUUCGGUCGGACGGACGGAGAGCUUAUCAAGCGUAGCUCAUUUGAAUGUUGUAACGGUUCGCUGGUCUCGUGUCCCGAACAUGCGCGCUGACGCCGGUGAAAUAACGUUAUGUGGAUGCGGUCCAGAUCUGUGGUAAUGUUGUCGUAUUAUUCGCAUGGUCGGCCCAUUGUGACGGUAACUCCGUUCGGGUUUUGUCAGCGUGACAUUUCUUGUUUUUGAAGCGACAUUGCAGUGCAAAGAUCGAAGUAACUGUAUUCGCGCAUUUCAUUGAUAUAUCAACUAUGCAUACGCGGCGGCUGGUGAAGCGCUCGGUCAUUGGGAGCCGCGUGUACGCGCCGGGUUUAACGGGAGACGCGGCUCCGCUCACGGGAGUGAUCCAGGCUGUCAAACAAGACAACAGAGAUGCUUCGACCGGCCAUCGGCGCAACGUGUACACGGUGCUCAUGCAAGACGGGAGCUUGAAAGAAUACACCGAGGAAGAGAUUGCACAGAUGACUGCGAAAGCACCGCUGAAGUCGAGCUUGAAGAGCUCCUGUAACAGUGGCCAGCGGGACGGGCCCAUGCAGGGCCAGAAUGGGGGCAUGCAGAGAGGAGAGGUGCCCUCCCUCAGUCCAGAGAGCACAGAGGAGCCACGGGUGCUGGAGCACAAGCGAACAGGCCGAUCGCUGGAGCCAGAGAAGGAUCACACCCGCUCCGUUUCUCUGCUGGAACAAAAACGCAAGGUGGUCUCUUCCAGCAUCGACGUACCACAAGCCAGGAAAUCAGAGGAGGAGGUGGACAUGGACAAAGUGACAGCUGCCAUGGUGUUGACCAGCCUGUCCACUAGUCCUCUGGUGCGGAGUCCUCCUGUAAAAGUUAGUGAGGGUCUAAACGGCUCUUGGAAGGACGGAGGCUUUACUCCAUCCAGCUACAGCAGCAGUGGAUAUUGGAGUUGGAGUGCACCCAGUGACCAGUCCAACCCGUCCACGCCGUCCCCACCCCUGUCUGCUGACAGCUUCAAACCCUUUCGGAUGCCCAGCCUCAGCGGCCCACCAGACGACAACAUCGAUGAGCAUGAUGGGAACAGCUUGCUGUUCGACGAACCCAUCCCCCGCAAACGCAAGAACUCCAUGAAAGUGAUGUUCAAGUGUCUGUGGAAGAACUGUGGGAAGGUCUUGAGCACAGCCGCCGGGAUCCAGAGGCACAUUCGCACCGUCCAUCUGGGGAGGAACUGUGACUCAGAGUGCAGUGACGGAGAGGAGGAUUUCUACUACACUGAGAUUAAGCUGAACACAGACUCGAUGGCGGACGGUUUGAGCAGUCUGUCUCCUGUGUCCCCGUCUGUGUUGUCCCCCCCGCCAGGUUUGGACCAGAGACAGCCGGAUGGCACUAACGGAGCAAAGAGCGAGAACAGUACCACCACCCCUCUUAGCCGCUCUGCUCCCAGCGCACUCUACCUAGUGCACACAGACCACGCCUACCAGGCCACAGCCCCUGUCACCAUCCCCUCCACCAGCUCCACUGGCUUCACCCCCUCCAGCAGCAGUUUCAGUAUCUCCUGGCAGUCCCCACCCGUCACUUUUACUGGCACCUAUGCCUCUCCCACUCACAGCCGGACGCAGGGCUUUGGGGAGCAGCGCUCUCAAACCAUUGCAGUGCUCUCGUCUCCCCCCAGAGCCGCAAGCUCAUUCAGUAGGAAGUCACGAGGCGAGGGAAAGAAGUGUCGUAAGGUGUACGGCAUGGAAAACAGAGACAUGUGGUGCACGGCCUGCCGCUGGAAGAAAGCCUGCCAGAGAUUUGUUGACUGAAACAGCUGUGACGGCUUAAACACAAAAACAGGGUGGGCUUCCUUUGCAUGCAUAGCAUAAUGAAAUACAUCCCUUCUCUUUGUUGCUGACCACAGCCCCACCCUGCUUCACCUUAAACCCACGUGGACUUCGAGGGUCAAACCCUUAUGCAUUCCCUCCAAAACCAACUGAGGAGAGUUGCUUUACACUGCAAAAAAUAAAACAAAAGACUUGUGAUCCAUCUCUUUUUGUUUGUGUUCAGUAUACUGCCUUUUUUUUCAGUUCCUAAAGGACCAGCCAGGGCAAGACCAGCCUCUGCCCUUGCUCUUUUUAAAAGAGAAGAAAGCUCUCUUUCAGACUUUGUAAAUGCUAUAAAACACAACUGGAGAAAGUGUUUCUUUUUCCAUGGGCACUUUUUUGCAUUUCUCCUGCCCAUUUUAUUAAAGGUUAAGGGUUGGACAGCCAGAAAACCCUGUCUUCUCAAGAAUGUACCACCACAGGGGUUUGUUUUAGGAUGUUGACUGGACGGCUCUCCUGAAUGGAAAUUCAUCAAUGCAAAAAAAAACAAAAAAAAAGUAUGGGAAGAGAAGGACUUUCAGCUCCCCCUUUCAGCCGUGCUGACACAAGCAAUUGCACCUACAAAGGACAGAUUUUAUAUCUCUGGUUUUAUAUUUGCGUUUACCAAUAGGACAUUUCUUUCAGGGAUGCAAUCAGUAAAAGCAAAACCAGCAGUUAGAUUUAACAGCAAAGAACUCAGUGCUUUUUGUCACAGGAAUAUCUUGCUACCAAAAAUGUUUUUUUUAUGUGCCAUUUCCCUUUUCUUUUUUUUUUUUUUUGCUUUUUGUGCAACUGACUUCAACAGAACGAAGUACAAAAAAUGCGAUCAUUAAAACCCAAUGGGACAGACUCGCAUCAAAGUUAGCGAUCGCAAAAAACAGUCAUUCAGGCAACACAACCUCUCCUUCCCAUAGGACUCCAUCAGCAGGAAUGAACUGCAUUCAUAUUAGAGCCAUAUAUGAACCCGCUGUGUUUUCACGCCACAGUCUGUUGCCUAGAGAGGUAAAGGUAAAGAAAACUCUGCAAAGUGGUUAAUUUUACUUCUGAAAGGUGAAGAGCUCUUUACCUCUCACCUUUUUCCUGACCUCACAGGUUCAAGUAGGAAGUCAUAAAAAUAGCAAAUGCCACAUCUACUCCAGCACAGGAGCUGGAAGCACUCAGAUGUGGUUUUGUUAUUCUUCAGUAGUUGGUACAGUAUUGUGUAACACGGCAGAACAUUGGUCAGAGGAGGAUGGACAUCUUUUCACGAUGGGCUUCUUUGCAAAGGGUGACCAGGAUGGAAUGAAAAUUGUUAAGUUCUGGGACGUUGACACUUGGUUUGGCUCACAAGGAAUACGGCAGCUCGGUUGGCAAUUGUUAUCUGGCACUUUUUUGGUGGCUCUGAUAGUCUAAUAUGAUAUUGUCUAUAUAACAUCAACACAAGCUAAUUAACUCAUCAUAUACAUGCAAAGAGUGCUUAUUGCGAUCAGCUCAUUGUCUGUAUCUGUUUUGUUCAUCACAUGGUUCCCCUUUCACUUACUAUCAAUAUGUGUAUAUAGGUAAGAUAUAUAGUAUUGAAUGCCCAGAGUAACACUUGGUUUUAUUGGAAGAAUAAAGUAAGGCUUUGUUCACACUGCACACAAAUCAGGUUUCAAAUCCGAUUUCAAUUAUUAGAUCCAUUUGUUUGCACAAUGUAGUCAAUAUCCUGUGUUAUCUACAUGGGUUAUUUAGGAAUGCUAUAACCAUCACCCUGACAAGAGAUGAAAGAGGCUCACAAACAUCUAAAAGUACAGUAGACUACUUGGAACCUGAUUUGACCAUUUACACUAAGAUGCAUUAAAGAAAUAUGAUUUAAUCUGAUUUCACACCUGUUAUGGAUGUGGUUUGGAUCUAGUCCAUAAACAUCAGAUUUCAUGUUGUCUUUUGCAGUUCUGACUACAAAAAACCCAAUAUGGCGAAAAAUGGAUUUUCAUCUCAUUUCAUGCCACAAAUGGAUGUGGUUUGGAUCUGGUUUGUUUUAUGUGGCCUUUCAUGAAAAAAAAGGUUUUUCGCUGCCUGUGUGAAUAAAGCCAGAUACUAGACCAACGGAAAAAAACUAAGAGCAUUUUAAAUGUGAAUCUAUAAUUCAAAUCCAUGUCAAUAAAUAUGCAUUUAAAUCACAUCUCCAAAAAACUCCCAUUGGUUUAGUGUCUUAAUAGACAAGAGGAAAAAAAACAACAACAAUCAAGAGUUCAUGACUGUUUCUGCGUUUUGAUCUAUAAUUUUCCUUUUUUCUCCCAUUCUGUUGACACGAUUCAACAGAUCUUGCAUGUAAAAGGUCUCCAGGACCGUGCAUUUUCCGUAUGACUGGAGGCAAGCCGUUUGUGAAAGCACAGCUAUGCUGAAGCCACACACCAGCACCCAAGGGCUCUAGCACUCCAAUUCUACUCCAAUGUUUAUUGAAACUUUUUGUGAUCUCAUGCCAGAGAUGAAAAUGAGUUUUAAUAAUUAAAAGCUGCAUAUUUUGGCCCCUCCGCUGGUGUGAGGAACAUCUCAGAGGCUGCUGCUUGUCUCUCCAUUCCCUUCCUGGUGCUAUUUUAGACCAAAGGGUCUGAGAGAUCUCACAGGCGUUUUACGUAAGAGGGCAAGCUGAUGUCUACAGUUGUUUACACUCAGUAUAUACUUGGGGAAACUCCUUCCAUCACGUUUCCUACAAUUGAGACCUUUAGGAAUGGGUUUUGGGAAUAUAUUUCUAAAUGGUACCUAAAAGUUACUUAAAAAUGUGCUCUUGCCUCGGAUAAGCUGUUAAGUGAAGUUAAGAUCACGGUGCAUUUGGUUUCUAAUGAUGUUUCACACACCUGUCACCAUGGUGCUUAUGUAUUGGCUGCAGUUUUGUUAGCUAGACCACGGCGCAUUACUCGUGUUCAUUAGGGAUGCUAGUUUACUUGUGCACAGCCCUUUUGUUGUACAGUGUGAAAUUUAACAGACACGGUGCAUAUCAAGCUGCAACAUGAGUAUGUCGUCUUUUCACUAUUUACUUUCUUUAUCGCCAACUUUGUUCACAGGUUAAACAGUAUAAUGUACCUACAAUACCUAUAUAAGCUACCUGGUAUACAGUAUUUAGGACUAGUGCUGCUCAUGAAAGCUAUCUUGGUCCACGUCUCAUAGUAACGCAGUACUAAGCUUUCAUUGUUCAGAUUCAGUAGGACGCUGAGGUGUUAGCUGUCUUUAGCCUAAGUAGUCUUCUCUGGUUCUGUGUAAACAUACCGUAUAGGUAAUUAACAAUAACUAAUAAUACUAUUAUAUUACUCAAAAUGUGUAACUGUUUUGAUCCAUAUUCUAAGCUACUUUAACAACACCGGUGUACAGAUCCUAGGGAACAUAUUAAGAUGCUUCCUGUUCUGAACUUUCACCAGGUCCAGAGUUUAACAUGCUAGUUUAGCCGAUUUAAAAGACAGUGCCAUGUUUUUUCCCACGCACUGAUGUGAGGAAAAUCUGAAAGUGCGAUGUUAAUCAGAUACACAUAUGUCUUUGGUUGGUAUUAGUGUUGGAUCUGUGCAGAUGUUUAGAGUGGGUGUGCAUAUCCCAUGUCAGACUGACCCAAUCUGAUUGUCUUUGCGUAGACUGAAUCGUUUGUCUGCCAGAUGGCAGAUGGGCCACUCAGUAGUCUACUUACAUAAGUUGUGUGUUUGUGUCGAGCCACAAGCAGCAAGAAUGAGUAGAGGCCGUUGAUGGGACUGAGUCUGCAAAAAAAAAAAAGGCUGUAGUCGAGACGAACAUUCCAGACUGCACAUUUAAAUCUUUUUGUUACGAAACCGCAUCAUCAGGAUGGAACUAACUCUCUCUUAGAGGGCUUAUAAUCACUGCUGUCAUUUGACAGUAUUGGCAUUUUGCAAUGCAUACUACCGAUAAAAUAGCUGCCGGGUUCCCAUGGUACAUGAUCAGGUCAUGUCUGUCCUAGGCGGAAAGGGGCCCUGAGAGGUUUUGUUUUUGUUUUCCGUGGAGGGGGCCAGUCCCUCUGACCGCUUUCAGGAAUGUAUUUGUAUGAGGAUAUGUAGGAGUCUGACUGUGCCUUGGUGAGGUCUGAGAUUGUGCGUGGAGAUGCACAGAAAAGCAAAGGAAUGUUUCUGGUGUCGGCUUGUCUGAGUUCAACAUUUCGUCUGGAUUUAAACGUGUGGGAGUGGAGGACCCUUUUUUACUGAUUUGAGGACUAGCUCUUGCUUUUUUUUCUGCUCAAAGAGCCUUUUGAUGAAUUUGAAGCUUGGGGGUGGGGGGUGUCUUUUCCCGGUUGUGCUUUGUAAAUGAUUUUUAGCUACAAUAUCGUUGUUUUUGGCUUCUUGUUUUCAUCUCCAGUUUUGGAAAUGCAGCAGGAAACGUUUAAUCAACAUUUUAAACAGAGGUUUGUUGAAUACGGCUGUGUUUUAAGGACUGGGGAGUGUUUUUCUUACAAGAUGCUUAUACAGUGAGAUCAUCCAUUAUUGUCAGAGACUACAACUCUAGCCUAACAGAUAGGACCAUGCACAGAAGAUCUUAGCAUUAUGAAUCGCAAGCUUGGCUGGAUCCAGAUAUUGAUUUAUGCUUUCCAUCAUGUCUCUCAAAGUAGGCCUGCAUGAUUUGGGGAAAAAAAAACAGCCUUUGUGAUUU